GCUAUGGGAAUAAUGAAAUGUAGAUGUAUAUUUAACCCGAGGAAGCGGAUGAGGCCUCUUGGGCCCCUUUAGCAUUAAGUUAGAGCCCGGAAGAGGGUUGCGGCUUUGUUUUUGUGGUAGAGCCCCUGGUGACUUUUAUCUACUUUUCUCCAUCGUGGAAGCGCAGUGAGGUGUAGAAGCGUCACUUGCUGGAUUUUUACUUGUAAUGCUGCUGUUAAAGGCACGGAAGAAGAGAGAGAGAGAGAGAGAGAGAGAGAGAAAAGGGAGGCAAACCAAUCUCCCCUGAAACGGUUCUGUGCAGAAUAAACCGCUUUUGAAACCACCCGGGCGUAUUCGUUUCCUCUCUUCCAAGCUGCCGGGAGCAUUGUCUCUGAUCCUAUGUUGAUAAGAAAUGUUCAGGAAAGUAAAAAAGCGGCAUAGCAGCAGCAGCUCUCAAAGCAGCGAAAUCAGUACUAAAAGCAAGUCAGUGGACUCCAGUCUUGGAGGGCUUUCAAGAUCUAGUACUGUUGCUAGCUUGGAUACAGACUCCACAAAAAGUUCAGGUCAGAGCAAUAGCAAUUCAGAUACUUGUGCAGAAUUUAGAGUGAAAUAUGUUGGUGCCAUUGAAAAACUGAAGCUUGAUGAAAGCAAGACUUUGGAGGGGCCACCGGACUUGAUCAACUACAUAGAUGUGGCACAGCAAGAUGGAAAGCUACCCUUUGUUCCAGGGGAGGAAGAAUUUAUUAUGGGAGUUUCCAAAUAUGGUAUUAAAGUCACAACUUUGGACCAGUAUGAUGUCUUACAUAGACAUGCGCUCUACCUAAUCGUUCGGAUGGUCUGCUAUGAUGAUGGCCUAGGGGCGGGGAAGAGUUUACUGGCUUUGAAGACAACAGAUGCAAACUACGAAGAAUACAGCCUGUGGAUAUACCAGUGUAACAGUUUGGAACAAGCACAAGCAAUCUGUAAGGUGUUGUCAACAGCCUUUGACUCAGUUUUAACAUCUGAGAAGUCCUGAAUGUCUGCAGCUGCACUUCAUACUGAGAGGAAGUACUACUUGCUGUGACUUCAGCAAUUGGAGACGAAGCAAGUACUUUGGAGCAGAUGUGAACUUUAACUUUUUAAAUAACUGCUUGAAGAUAGAAAGUAUUUAAAGUAACUGUUUGAAGAUAUGAAGGAACAAAGUAUUUUUGUAAAUAUAGUUUGUUUCAAACUAUGCGACCGAGAGCCCAACCAACACUUUAAUAUUAAGUGUUCUUAUUACAGUAAUUAUCUAUGACCUUACAGUUUCAGCUUGCACUUAACCUUUUACCAUUUUUAUACAUCUGAAUAAAAAAAGUUAAUUCAA